AUGCUUUUUGCUCUGAUUGUUGCUCUCGUUGCUGGAACACCCCUGGAACUCAAGAACUCUGCAAGUUUUGUCUUCGCAGAUUUCGAAAACAUCGGGUUUUGGACGAAUAAUGGUUGGGCCUUCAUGCUCUCAUUUCUUACACCAGUAUGGGUUGUUUCCGGAUUUGAAAGCGCAGCGACCAUAGCAGAAGAGGCUAGCAAUGCUGCCAAAGCCGUGCCAUUCGCAAUGGUCUCUCCGCUGAUUACAGCUACAGUGACGGGAUGA